AUCCCUAACCUGACAUUUGUUGUUUUUAAGGAUUUUGUUUUGGUGAAUUACAAUCUUUCUACAUUCCACUCAUUAGUCAAUCUCCUCAAACAAAAACGACGGUUCAGAUUAAACUUAUCGUGGUCCCGACCACACAGGAACAUUCGGGUUGACGCGCUAGGAGAAUUCUACUGCCAGAGAGGAAACUCACGUUGUGUCCCAAUAAAACGAUGACACCUGGCGUCCAAGGAGAAAAACUUCUCUAUUGGCAGUAGCAAUCCGCGGAAAUGGUUUAUUGCGCCUGGUGGAUGUUACUGACGACGGCAACACUGAUAACAGCUCUCUCCUUUCUGGAGCCAAGGAAAAGGCCACUCGACAUGGAGGAGAAACGGCGGGACGCCGGAAUCUUAUCGCCGCCGAGCUCUGCGGUGGGAGCUGAGUCCCCUGCGUCGGAGCCAGCUUCUACCCGGCGCCGCGCCGGGGGCCAAAAGAGAAAAUCCAAUGCCCUCGCUGCUUCUAACUCCUCGUCCGCGUCCUCCAAACGGAUUACUCGCGAGAAGUCGAUGUUGAUCUCUCACCCUCCGAUCCACAAUGGCCCUUUGACAAGAGCUCGCCAGGCACCUAACAACCUUGCCUCCGGUUCGGCCUUGGUUUCCGGAUCGGCCAACUCGGUUCUCGGCGCCAAGCUGGAGGAGGAUAAGGCUGCUGCGGCUUAUAAGCGCGAGGAGGAGGCAAUGAACAGGAGAAGUGAGGAGUGGAUGGCUUUGGAGGCUAAGAUCGAAUCUGAAUUUGAAGCUAUUAGAUCUCGCGACAGCAGUGCGCAUGCGGUGCCUAACCAUUGUGGUUGGUUUUCAUGGACAAAGAUUCACCCUCUUGAAGAGCGUUCAUUACCUUCUUUCUUUAAUGGGAAGUCCCAAGCACGGACUCCUGAUAUCUACAUGCAAAUACGUAAUUGGAUCAUGAAGAGAUUUCAUGCAAAUCCAAACACACAGAUUGAAUUGAAAGAUUUGUCAGAACUUGAGGUUGGGGACUUGGAUGCAAGGCAAGAAGUUAUGGAGUUCUUGGACUACUGGGGUUUGAUUAAUUUCCAUCCAUUUCUGUCGGCAGACUCUGCUUCAGCUGGUGUUAUCUGUGAUGUUUUGGAAAAGAAGGAUCCCUUGAUUGAUAAAUUAUAUCACUUUGAAGCUAUUCAGUAUACACCAGUUAUUCCUAAGCCUCACCUCACAACUCCCACUAUGCCAUCAAGGUUGUUUCCAGAUUCAGCAAUUGCUGAAGAGUUAGUGAAGCAAGAGGGGCCAGCUGUUGAAUACCACUGCAACUCCUGCUCGGCUGAUUGUUCUCGCAAGCGCUACCAUUGCCAGAAGCAGGCAGAUUUUGACUUAUGCACCGAAUGCUUUAAUAAUGGCAAGUUCGGCUCUAAUAUGUCUUCAUCCGAUUUUAUUCUCAUGGAGCCUGCUGAGGCUCCUGGUUUCAGUGGUGGGAAGUGGACUGAUCAGGAGACUCUACUCCUGCUAGAAGCUUUAGAACUUUAUAAUGAAAAUUGGAAUGAGAUUGCAGAGCAUGUUGCCACAAAAACAAAAGCUCAGUGUAUACUGCAUUUUGUUCAAAUGCCUAUUGAGGAUACAUUUCUUGAUUCUGCUGAUGACGAAGAUGCCACUUCUAAAGAAGCUGCAGACUUAUCUGCAACCAAUAAUGAUAAUACAUCCACCUCUAAAAAUGUCCCUGAAACAACAGAAGGCAACACUGUUGCUAAUGAUGGUCAGUCAACUUGCCUGGAAACUCUAAAACCAGAAAAUGCAAGUGAAAUGAAAGUUUGUAAGGAAACCUCAAAACCUGUAGAAACAAUAGAAGUGAAAGUUGUUGAGGAAACAUCAAGAUCCAAAGAUACCAAUGAAGUAAAAGAUGGAUGUCAGACAAGUGACGACCUUGCACUGAUGGCUCUUAAAGAAGCAUUUGAAGCUGUUGGCUAUCCUCUAAAUGCUGAUCGCCCUCAUUCCUUUGCGGAUGUAGGAAAUCCAGUAAUGACACUGGCAGCUUUUCUGGCAAAAUUAGUGGGCUGCGAUGUUGCUGCUGUUUCAGCUCGUGCGUCCUUAAAAUCCAUUUCUGGCAAUUCUCCUGGCUUGCAGCUGGCUGCAAGACACUCUUUUCUGUUGGAGGAUCCACCAAAUGAUAUUAAGGAACCAUCAGGUUCUGAGAGUGCUAUCGCUGAGAUGUGUAGUGAGAAUGCUAAUAAAUAUGAGAAACCUGAAGACAAAAACAAUAAAGAGGAUAUCUCUGCCUCAGUUUUGGAUGACAAAGAUUCAGCAAAUAAUCACGGUGACAAAAAAGAUGAAGAUUCUGUUACAGAAGGAAAUGAAGCUUCAGUCUCUACCAUUGAUGAAUCCACUGUAAUGGUAAAUGCUUCAAAAGAAGGGAGAAAAACUACUCACGAGGAAGACAGUCAUGGUAAUUUGAAAGAAUCAAUGAACGUGAAGCUUCCAGAGGACCAACAACCAAGUACUGUAAAGGAACAAAACAAUUUAGCAACAGAAGUUCCUGAAAGUUCUUUGCAAGAGCCUGUAAGCGAAACUUUGGCAGAGGAGCUGUCACAGCCUGUAGAGCCAGCAAAGGAUGUAAAUGUACCAUCUGACUGUUUUCCUGCAGAUAAGAAUGAACAGUAUGAACUACACACAUCAAACUCAGUUGGAGAAGCCUCUCAGCAUGCUGAGGGAGGGAAAGAUGCAGUAAUGGCAGAGAGCCCAGAGAAGAAUGAACCUCAGGAGCCCGUUACAACAGUUGGACAUGAGUCCUGUCAACAGACAGAGGUGGCAAAGGAUGUUGAAAUGGUGCUGUCUCAGCAACCAGUUUCAUCUAAUUCACCUGUUGAAAAUGGAGCAGCAGCAGGUGAGGAUCAAAAAUGGGAGAUGGCAAAAAAGGACAAGGAUGAUGGAUGAAGGGACAAGAAGAUGACCAUCUUGUUGGCAAAAUAAAGUGUGCUGCAGUUUCUGCGCUCUCAGCUGCAGCAGUGAAGGCAAAACUUCUUGCAGAUCAGGAAGAGGACCAAAUCCGACAACUUGCUUCAUCACUUAUAGAGAAGCAGUUGCAUAAGCUGGAAACCAAGUUGGCUUUCUUCAAUGACAUGGAUAGUGUGAUGAUGAGGGUAAGGGAGCAGUUAGACAGAUCCCGGCAAAGGCUUUACCAUGAAAGGGCACAGAUAAUAGCAGCCCGACUAGGCAUACCAGCUUCAUCAUCUAGAGCAAUGCCACCAUCAUUAGCAACCAACAGAAUUGCUACAAACUUUGCUAACUCAGUUCCAAAGCCCCCUAUGGGCCUGAUGUCCCAGAGGCCAUCAAUGUCAAGGCCCACAGGGACAUUACCUCCAACUUCUAAUCCACUGGUGUCUGCAACUGUGUCAGGAAGUUCAGUUCAACCUUCAGGUCCCGAACAACUUUCUUCUGUUGGAACAAAGUAGUCUCUACUCAGAGUCGUUGUGAAUAGAGUUUUAUCCAUUUUUAAUACAACUGAUAAUAUGUUACCAGUUUUACAAGCCAAAUCUUGGAAGGUCCUCCAGAGGAUAAAAGUUGGAUCAACCUAGUUUUGUCUCUACCAAUCCGAAAGCAAGAUUGUAUUUACAAAUUCAGAUGGCCGCCUAUAAAUCUUAAGAGCAGGUGAUAUCAGUGUCUUCCCUUACCAAGAUAUUUUUGCUCAGCAUUUGCCUGGUUUGUAGUCUGGUCAGAAACUGCUCAGGAAUGACAAGUUAAAUGGCCUGGAAUUUUGAAUUUGCCAGAUGUUUAUAGUUUUUGUAAGACCAAGUAAAUGUCUUCUGGUGUAACCAAUUAGCUAGUGUAUGUGCAAAAGUCUGUAGCUUCUGUAAUAUGAAAUUAUGGGUCUGUUUGGAGAGGUAGGUUUACCGGUGGAUGCUUAGAUUAGCAACAACGAGAUAGCAGGCACAUGUGAUUGUUGUAAAUUGCUUCUACAUUAUUUUUAGCUGCGAGUUCUUUUUAUUUUUA